CCAGUAGCGAUGGGAACGGAAACCAAAGCUGUAAACAAACGUAACGCUCGUUAGCUCAGCAACUGUUUUAGCUAGUAACGUUAGACUAUUACACAUGCGCAACACGAGUGUGAACUAAGCGCUGAGAAGAUGUUUAAAAAUACUUUUCAAAGCGGAUUCUUGUCUAUUUUAUACAGCAUCGGCAGCAAACCACUACAGAUAUGGGAUAAAAAGGUGAGGAAUGGUCACAUCAAGAGAAUCACAGACAAUGACAUCCACUCACUGGUGUUGGAGGUGGAGGGGACAAACGUCAGCACCACGUAUAUAACAUGUCCCGCAGACCCCAAGAAGACUUUGGGCAUCAAGCUCCCUUUUCUCGUUAUGAUCAUCAAAAACCUCAAGAAGUAUUUCACCUUUGAAGUCCAGGUGUUAGAUGAUAAAAAUGUUCGCCGGCGGUUUCGGGCGAGUAACUAUCAAAGCACGACACGAGUGAAGCCGUUUAUCUGCACCAUGCCUAUGAGGCUGGAUGAUGGCUGGAACCAGAUUCAGUUCAACCUGUCAGACUUCACCAGGAGGGCCUAUGGAACCAAUUACAUCGAGACGCUGCGUGUACAGAUCCACGCUAACUGUCGAAUAAGGAGAGUGUAUUUCUCAGACAGACUGUACGCGGAGGACGAGCUCCCAGCUGAGUUUAAACUCUACCUGCCUGUCCAGAACCAGAAAGCAAAGGUGAAACUAGACACACACACACACACACACACACACAACCACACAAUUAACAGGGGAAUGAAUCUUUUCAUUUCUCAUGAUUACAUUAAAUUUCUAUUCUUGGGGUCACGAUUCAACAUAAAUUCUCAAUUCAGUCCAUUGUGAGCUAAUACAUGCGGUGUGGAAAAUGAUGGCUUGAAAGCAGAAUAAAGUGUGUAAAAGAUUAUGAAUCUUUUGUAUUUGGAAAAAGUUCUAUCAACCGAAUGCAUGUAAACACACAAAGGCAAAAUAUAAGUUAUUCAUGUUGAACUUACACAAAUAAACUCUUUUUACUAAAAAGUUGUUAGUAUUUCUCAAUUCUCAUUCACUUAUAAUAUAAAUUGAAUAUAAUGAUCAAGUUAUACAAAAGAUGAACGUUAACACCUCCAAUGCCUACUGUGGAAUUUCUUUACGCUAACCCUAUUGAAAUAAAAUAUAGGAUAUUUAUUGAAAUAAAUAAAUCCGGUGGUCUCCUCCCGGGACCAUGAACCCUAACCCUAACCUUUAAACUCUGCAAUCCUUCGUAAACAGCGACGUCUCCAGAACACAACUCUAGUUUCUAGGUCCGGCCGCUAACAUUAGCGCUGACCGCUACAUACGGGCAGUGUAAUUUUUGGCUAUCACAGCCCUAUGCCUGUUCUCCAGUGGGGCGCAAUGACUGAUGGGUAUUCCUGUCAACUUUCUGUCUUUGUUUAACUCGUUUGUGUGUGUG